UUGUCUUCCUGGGCUGGAAACCACGGGAGGUUGCAACAAAUUAAGCUGAAGACUGAAGCGAGAGCUGGGUCAGGUAAAGAAAGCCCUUACCGGGAAGGGGCGUUACAGAUCCCACUUUAUCCCCAGAUAACAAAAGAGGGCAAAGCUGUAUAAAAGGAGUGGGCAGCCCCGGCGUCCACAUACUGCCCAACACAGGACCGAAGGGCGGGGAAGGAGUGAGACAGAUGAUUCCGAAGCAGGAACUCAGGUGGCCACUCUAGCUGCACUGGACCUCCACAACUAUGGCCUCCUGCCCAGACUCAGAUAAUAGCUGGGUGCUCGCUGGCUCUGAGUUCUCAUCUCCCUCUGGCCAGAAUCUGCCUGUGGAGACUCUGGGCCCAGAACCCAGGAUGGACCCAGAAUCUGAGGGAGCCUCCCAGGCCCUUCGGGACUCCUCCAAGGCAGAUGGUAAAGAAUUAGCUGGGACCUUGGAUGGAGAAGAGAAGCUUUUCCAGACGGAAAGUUCCCAGAAAGAAACUAUUGUUCUGACAGAGGAGUCUGCGGCCAAGGGCACUCUGGGAGCCGAUAGUCAUGGGACGGAGAUCCCUGGAGACACAGUGGUCCAGGAAGAUUCGCAGGAGACUCCUGUGGUGACGAGCCUCGGACCAGACACACAGGACCUGGAGAGUGAGAUCCAUCCACAGAACCUACCCUCAAGUCCCAGAGCAGUUUGGAAAGAGCAUCGCUGCUCUAGCAGUGACGAUGACACUGAUGUAGAUUUGGAGGGUCUGCGGAGACGGAGGGGCCGGGAGCCCAGCUCAGCCCAGCCCGUGGUACCCGUGGAUGUGGAGGACCAGGCCAAGGGCGAGGGUAUAGGUGGAGAGCUGGGCAUCUCCCUCAACAUGUGUUUCCUGGGGGCCCUGGUUCUUCUGGGCCUAGGGAUCCUCCUGUUCUCUGGUGCACUGCUGGAGCCUGAGACUGGACCCAUGGAGGAAGCCGAAUUGCAGGUCUUUCCAGAAACCGGGCCAGAGACUGAACUGGUAGAGACUGUGGGGAACAGGCAGGAUGAGAUAGAGCACCUGCAGGCUUCAAGUGUCCCACCAGACAGUGUCCCCAAUCUGCAGAGCAUGGGGCUUCUGCUGGACAAGCUGGCCAAGGAGAACCAGGAUAUCCGGCUGCUGCAGGCUCAGCUGCAGGCUCAGAAAGAAGAACUUCAGAGCCUGUUGCACCAGCCCAAAGGGCUGGAGGAGGAGAAUGCCCGGCUCCGGGAAGCCCUGCAGCAGGGCAAGACCUCCCACCAGGCCCUAGAGUCAGAACUGCAGCAGCUAAGGGCCCGACUCCAAGGGCUAGAGGCUAACUGUGUCCGGGGUGUGGAUGGGGUGUGUCUCAACUGGGGUGGAGGUCCACAGGAUGGCAAGGCCACUAAAGAACAAGGCCACAAAGGGCAGGAACCAGACCCCAGCUUAUUGGAGCAGCAUAAGCAGCUUGAGGCGGAGGCCAAGGCCCUAAGGCAGGAGCUGCAGAGACAGUGGCAGCUGCUGGGGUCUGUGCACCGUGACCUGCAGAGGGGCUUGCGGGAUGCUGGCCGGGGAGCCCCAGCUCAUGCUGGCCUGGCUGAACUCGGUCACAUGUUGGCCCAGACACUGCAGGGCCUGGAGAAUCAGGGUAUCAACACUGGCAGGUCCCCCAAUGACUCGGAAGCCUGGCACCAGAAGAAGCCUCACACCCAGAAUCCCAGGGAGUGGAGUGGGAAGGAGAAGUGGCGCGGUGGGCAGAGGGAUCAGAAGGCUGAGCACUGGAAGCCAAGGAAGGAGGAGUCUGGCCAGGAGAGGAAAAGGAGCUGGAGGGAUGAGGGUCGGGAGCACACUGGGCGCUGGAGGGAGGACAGACUGCGGGCGGAUGAAUCUGGGAGCAGAAAGGACAGCAAGCGACAGGACCCCAAGGUACACCCUUGGAAAGAUGGGAACUCCCAAUCUGGAGAAAGGCAGAAGCAUUCUUGGGGGAAAGACAACAGCCCUGACGCCCUGUCCUCCUGGGAGGAGCUGCUGAGGCGCAAGUACCGGCCCCCUCAGGGCUGUUCAGGUGUGGCCGACUGUGCCCGGCAGGAGGGCCUGGCCCUCUUUGGUAUGGAGCUGGCCCCUGUGCGGCAGCAGGAGCUGGCCUCUGUGCUGAGAGAAUACUUGUCUCGGCUGCCCUGGGCUGGGCAGCUGACCAAACAGCUGCCCCUCUCACCUGCUUACUUUGGAGAAGAUGGCGUCUUCAGGCACGACCGGCUUCGCUUCAGAGAUUUUGUGGAUGCCUUGGAGGACAGCCUGGAGGAGGUGGCACUGAAACAGACAGGCGACGAUGAUGAAGUGGAUGACUUUGAGGACUUCGUCUUCGGCCACUUCUUUGGGGACAAGGCACUGAAGAAGAGGUCGCGAAAGAAGGAGAAGCACUCCUGGAACCCCAGAGUUGUGGGGCCCAGGGAAGAGCACAGCCGCCAUCCGCACCACUACCACCAAGGCUGAGCCCUGUCCUGCUGCAACAGCCGGCCUUGGCAUGCACCCAGCUCAAGAUGCCUGGAGUUAUGUGACCCUAGCAGCUAUGCUCCCACUGUCCAGCGGGCCCCUCCUGGCUCGUUGGUGCCCUUGAAUGUCCUUCACAGAAGAGAGCAACGCACUUGGCCCUGCACUGGUACUACUUUUGCUAGAAAAAAAAAAGGCCAUAGUUGGCGCUGCUGAACUGUCUAAGCAGACAUAUGCAAAGAUAAAGGCCCUGGGUACUAAGUGACAUGUAGGGGCCUGCUGGGAGCCUGCUGGGGAGGACUCUUAUUCUGAAGCCAGAGAGCUGUCCUUUUUUGUGGCUAUCCUGGGUUCACAGCAGAGCCUACCACCCUGUGCUGGAGCUGCUGGUUAGAGACUUAGCUCCAGACUUGCCUUGGGGUUUUGCUAGCUGUGGAGACAGCUGUCCCUAAGCCUGAGGAGCCCUCACCAUGCAUGCCUCUUGCAGCUUUCACCUCCCCACCUGAGCUGUCCCACCAUGGCAGGGCUCUGUCACUUGAGGUGGUCCCUAAAUGCAAGGAACACCUUGUAGUCACCACGCUGGUGUUUAGGCACAAUCUAGGCACUGCACUCGGCCUUCCCAUCCAUUCCCCAUGUGCGCCCACCUUCCCCAAGGAGCCUAGCCUUGAGUCCAGCCACCAAUUGUCUCACAGUCUAGGUUGGGUGGCCUCAAGCCAGGUCAUCCUCCACAGUGUGGUGUUCUUAUCCUCAGAAAGAGAGCUGAAGGGAAUGGAGUCAGUAAAGCAAGGAAGCAGACAUCCUGUUUCUGCCACACAAGAAUUGAUCCCUUUUUUGGAGCGUGCUGUGGAGGGCAGGGAACACGCUAACCUGGGUCUGCAGAGGUGAGGGAGCCACUAGGUGGCGCUCUGGCUCCACAUUUCUCUAGACUUCUCCCUCCUGCCCCUGGUCACCACCCCACACCCCAGACCCCCUACCCAUUUAACUAGCUCUCAAGAAUUCCCAGAAUCCCCCUGGUUAUUCUUCAGGAACGCCCCUCCCCCUCAGUUCUAACCUCUACGCUAUUGGUAGCACACUGGGCUUCUAGCUCUGGAACUCUCCCAGGGACUGUAGGGGUCAGUGACCACACAGGUCAGGUCAGUUAAGGAGGGGAUUAAGAACUGUAGGUUUACUGGGCAGUGGUGGCGCAUGCCUUUAAUCCCAGCCCUUGGGAGGCAGAGGCAGGCUGAUUUCUGAGUUUGAGG